CUCCCCGCCCCCUCCUGUCCCCGGCUGCCGCCCGGGCAGCCUCUCUCGCUCCUGGCAGAGCGUCCGGCUCCCGCCUGCUCCUCCCGGGUCCAGGGCGCCUCGGCCCGUCCCGUCUUCCCGUCUUCCCCGUCUCCGUCCGACCUCCCCUCGCCGCUCACUCCCACCCCCUCGCGCCCCAUCCCUGCCCCGGGCUCUGCAGACAUGAGGGUCUUGGCCUGCCUCCUGGGUGAGUGACCCCUUCUCCCGGGGGGGCCCCGGGAGGGGGGCCUGGCCCCGCCCUCUGAGCCCUGAGCUCACUGCUGGAGGGACCAGACUUCCGGGGCCCAGCCCUGGUGCUGGGGGGUGCAGGACACACACGUGCCUCCCCGCCUGGCCCCGGGGACCCAGCCUUACCCACCACCCGACCUUUCACCUGGGCCCCAGCCCUGACCUGGCGCCUGGGCCCUGCCUUAGCCCAGAGUUCGGGCGGGAGGCUGGUUCCGAGCGGCUCUGAUGGGGAUCCAGGCGGUUGAGCGGCUGCGCCUGGCGGACGGGCCCCACGGCUGCGCCGGCCGCCUGGAGGUGUGGCACGGCGGCCGCUGGGGCUCCGUGUGCGACGACGGCUGGGACCUGCGCGACGCCGCGGUGGCCUGCCGCGAGCUGGGCUGCGGGGCCGCGCUGGCCGCGCCCGGCGGCGCCUUCUUCGGGGAGGGCGCCGGGCCCGUGUGGCUCAGCGAGCUGGCCUGCCGGGGCGGCGAGGGGCGGCUGGGCCUGUGCCCGCACCGCGGCUGGAAGGCCCACGUCUGCUCCCACGAGGAGGACGCGGGGGCCGUGUGUGCAGGUCAGCGUGUGGCCAACUCCAGGGACACGGACGACCCCCCUUCGAUCCUGGCCGGGGACCCCUGGCCAGGGCUGCCCGGGGAGCUGGGCCCCAGCUCUGAGGAGCCCCCCGUGACGCAGGCGCCCCGCCCGGCUGGGACCCCCCAGACCAGCCCCCGGAGGAAGAGCCCCCGCCCCCCGAAGCAGGCCAAGUCCACCAGGGCCCCGCUGCUGACGGCCGGAGGGCCCCGCCAGGAGCGGCUGCGCCUGGCGGCCGGCCCCCACGGCUGCGCCGGCCGCCUGGAGGUGUGGCACGCGGGGCGCUGGGGGACCGUGUGCGACGACGGCUGGGACCUGCGGGACGCGGCCGUGGCCUGCCGCGAGCUGGGCUGCGGCGCCGCGCUGGCCGCGCCCGGGGGCGCCCGGUUCGGCCCCGGCUCCGGGCCCGUGUGGAUGGACGACGUGGGCUGCGGGGGCGGCGAGCAGGCCCUGCGGGACUGGCCCCGGAGCCCCUGGGGCCGGAGCAACUGUGACCACACGGAGGACGCGGGGCUGGUGUGCACAGGCCCGGCCCCGCGGCUGCGCCUGGCGGACGGGCCCCACGGCUGCGCCGGCCGCCUGGAGGUGUGGCACGGCGGCCGCUGGGGCUCCGUGUGCGACGACGCCUGGGACCUGCGCGACGCCGCGGUGGCCUGCCGCGAGCUGGGCUGCGGCGCCGCGCUGGCCGCGCCCGGCGGCGCCUUCUUCGGCGAGGCCGCGGGGCCCAUCCUGCUGGACGACCUGCGCUGCCGCGGCAACGAGACGGCGCUGCGCCUCUGCGCCGCCAGGCCCUGGGGCCAGCACGACUGCCACCACCGCGAGGACGCGGGCGCCGUGUGCGACGGUAUGCCUCUGGCCUAUGUCCCUCCCACGGCCUCUGCUGCCCGCAGCAACAACUCCAAGUCCAGGGAGGCCUCCUCCAGGCCCCCGCCCCCCACGGCACACCCCGCCUCCAGGACCGCAGACAUCUCCCCGCCGCUGGCCUCCCCCACGGCCCCGUGGGAGCCUGGGCCGGAAGCUGGCUCCCCGCAGCUGCGGCUGGUGGCCGGGCCCAGCCGGUGCUCCGGCCGGCUGGAGGUGUGGCACGCCGGGCGCUGGGGCACCGUGUGUGACGACAGCUGGGACCCCCGGGACUCCGCCGUGGUGUGCCGGGAGCUGGGCUGCGGGGGGCCGCGGCAGCCGGAUCCCUCCGCCGGCCGCUUCGGCUGGGGCUCCGGCCCCAUCUGGCUGGACGACGUGAGGUGUGCGGGGAGCGAGGCCUCGCUCUUCGACUGCCCCGCCGCGCCCUGGGGGAAGCACAACUGCGCCCACAACGAGGACGUCGGCGUCGCGUGCACCGGGACCCCCGGCCUGGACUCCAUCUCAGACCCCUUCAGCUGGAGCUGGCUGCCCGGCCUGGGCAGAGACCCGGACGCCUGGCUCCCGGGGGAGCUGGCCACCAAGCCCUCCGCAGGGCCGAGCCCCGGGGACCCCGAGACCACCACCAGGGCCUCCGCGAAGACGCCCAAGAGCACCAAGAAGUGGGCGCCCAAGCACCCGAAGCGGCCGACCCCCUCGUCCCCCCUGACGCCGACCACCAAACACUCCAGGGGCCCGGGCACGCGGGGCCCCCCGGAACUGACCUCCAGGACCACCCCAGCCCUGACCACCGAGGCCCCCCACGAGCCGGCCUCCCACACCAGCACCCCGCCGGCCCCCGGAGCCCCGUGGGGGCGAACCUCUAAGACUGUGACGGCGCCCACCAGCCGGGAUCCCACAGAGGGGAUCCCUGAGGCCACCGGCAGGAGGGUCCCUCCGCCCCCUGGGGAGCCGUCGGUGGAGACCCCAGAGUCAUCCGGAGGCCCAGCCCCCUCCCCCACCGGGGGCUCCCCCGGGGGGUCAGGCCCCUUCCGGGUGCGCCUGGCCGACGGGCCCGAGCGCUGCGCGGGCCGGCUGGAGGUGUGGCACGCCGGGCGCUGGGGGACGGUGUGCGACGACGGCUGGGACCUGCGGGACGCGGCCGUGGCCUGCGGGGAGCUGGGCUGCGGCCGCGUCCGCCCCCGCGUGGGCAAGACCCACUACGGCCCCGGCUCCGGGCCCAUCUGGCUGGAUGACGUGCGCUGCAAGGGCACGGAGGCCUCGCUCAGCGACUGCCCCGCGGGGGCCUGGGGACGGCACAACUGCGGCCACGAGGAGGACGUGGUGCUGGCCUGCACCGGCCGCGCCGACGAGGAGGACUAUCCCGCCUGGACCUGGGACCCCGCCUCCGAGGAGGACCUGGCCCGGGGGACCCCCUCUGCAGGGGCGCCCGGACACACGGCCUCCUGGCGCAGCACCCGGAGCCCUGGGGUGGGCUCCCCAGAGUGGAGGCGCCUCCCGGGCCGAGGCGGCGAGGACAGCUCUGAGUCUUACUCGGUAACGAGCACGCCGUCAGGAGGGGCCGCGGCCAAGGGGACCCCCACCACAGGCGCGCCUGCGCCCACUCUCACCACCGGCACCCCCAGGAGCCAGGGGGAACCCUCUCCAGCUCCAAGGGUUCGCGGAGACGCGGGUCCUGGGAGGAGACCGGGGCCCGGGCGCCGGCUGCGGCCCACGGCGGCCAGGACGGCGCCCCGCGCCCCCUCCCCGGGCCCCCCGGUGGCCUCCCCCGCGGCGCCGCGGCCCACCGCCCGCGCGGCCUCGCCCCCCGCGGACCCCGCCUCCGGGGCCAGCGCCGACCUCACCGUGACCCCCCGCCUGCCGGCGUCCACCCUGGAGGCCGCCGGGGGCCCAGCGCUGACCCCCGGGCCUUCGCCCACCCCACCGCCCACCGUGCCCAAGGAGCUGACCUCGGACCCCUCUGCACCAGCUGCCGCCACUGGCCUUUCCCCCACCUCGGGGCUGAGCCCCGGAUCUGACCCAGCUCUGCACCCCAACACAGUGCCGGAGCCUGCGGGGUCCCCAGGCCACGCCACAGGCCCCGCCCCCACCACCCCUCACGCCACCACGACCCCUCACCCCACCACGACCUCUCACCCCAGCACGACCCCUCACCCAACCACGACCCCUAACCCCACCACGACCUCUCACCCCACCACGACCCCUCACCCCACCACGACCUCUCACCCCACCACGACCCCUCACCCCACCACGACCUCUCACCCCAGCACGACCUCUCACCCCAGCACGACCUCUCACCCCACCACAACCUCUCAGCCCACCACGACCCCUAACCCCACCACGACCCCUCACCCCAUCAGGAUCCCUCACUCCACCAUGACCCCUCACCCCAGCACAAUCCCACACCCCACCAGCACCCCUCAUACCCCCACGACCACGCACUCAGACACAGCUUCUCCCCCAUCCACAACCCCUUUACCCACCACGACCCCUCACCCCACCAUAACUGCUCACCCCACAUCGACCCCAAAUGCCAUCACAAUCCCUCACUCCAUCACGACCCCUCACCCCACCACGACCCCUCACCCCACCACGACCCCUCACCCCACCAUGACCCCUCACCCCACCACGACCCCUCACCCCACCACGACCCCUCACCCAACCAUGACCCCUCACCCCACCACGACCCCUCACCCCACCACGACCCCUCACCCCACCACGACCCCUCACCCCACCACCACUGCUCACCCCGCCUUGGCUCCUGGCCCUACCUCAGCCCCUGUGGUCACCACUGAGUCCCAUUUAACUUCCUCGGAAACAGGACUCCCCUCCCCCACGCCAGCACCAACAGCCCAGCCCAGCCUGCACCCCCAGUCCACCUUCAUGGGGGCCCCUCACCCCUCCCCGUCCCCCGUGCCGGGCCGAGAGCCCCCUCCGGACUCAGAGGCCAACCCCCCCAGCCCCUCGCCCGCCCCAGGCGCGGACGCCCCGUCCACGGAGGACUUGAAGCCGCCCCGAAGCCAGCGCCACGGGCCAGCCCCGCCCCCUCCCCAGACCCCGCUCGCAGCCUCUGACCCCACGGCGAACCCCGACCCCCGCCUGCCCCCCACGGCCCGGCCCGUAGCUCAGCCUCCUCCUCCGGACAGCGUGUCCCCGGGGCCGGGCCCCGGCCGGAGCCCAGGCCCCCUGGGCCCCUGUGAGGCCCCGGCGCCCGCCCUCAGGGUCAUGGCCUGCGAGCCGCCGGCCCUGCGGGAGCUGGUGGCUGCCGUGAGGGACGUGGGCAGCCAGCUGCAGGCGCUGACCCUGGCCCUGGAGCAGGACCGCCGGGAGCGCCACGCACUGGACCUGAGGCUGGCCCCGCUGGCGGAGGCUGCCCAGGGCCUGGGGCAGCUGGGCGAGGUCGUGAAGAGACUGGCCGAGGUCGCCUGGCCCCCCAGCACCGCGGCCCCCGCCACCACCACCCCCGAGGAGGAAGAGAGGCCGCUCCGGGGGGACGUGUGACCCGCUCUGGGACUGGAGGGGCGUGAGGCACCCCCAACCGAAACCGGAAAACCAAAGAAUCACAUUAAAAACCGGGCGUGGGUCACGUUUCUGGGGGACCGGAGGAACCCCGGAGAGAUGGAAUC